CAAUGCGCCAAGUCAAGGCCACUCCACGUGGCUUGUCCCUAUCUCCACCAGGCAUCUGGGGUAAAAUGGGAGAACCAUAACCCUGGGUCAUCUCUUCAUCUGAAUAAGUAAAGAUACCAUAUUCUUGUCCAUCUUUCUAGAGCCAUGAAUUUACAUUAUACGCAAGCUACGAUUUACGAAGGUGGAUCGUCCAUGUGAAAAGUUCCUCAAUGCUCUGUAACAAUACACACAAAAUCACCCCCAAUCACUGCAUCUAAGGGCGAUGUCAACACCAGCUGCUAGUCAUGCUCUUCAUUCCGAUAUGGAACCUGGACUUCCUCCAUCCUACAUAGAUGCCGUUGCGAUCAAAACAGCAUUUCGUCAUCUCGAUCGUUCAGGCUGCGCGUUCCCAAAAAAGUUCUCAAUUUCGCCAAACAGUACGGGAUCCUCAAUCAAAUGGAUUCUUGGAGAAUACCGUCAUCAACCCAUCUUCGCUAUCAGCAGGAGAGAGCCACGCAGCGGCAACAAGCCAGAUGUAAUUCUGCACGAUGGUAUUUCACUGAACGACCCUACACUUGCCUCAUUCCGGUCGCUUGAAGGUACACCACGGACCUGGAAAGUUAGAUUGCCGCCAAGCGACGCCGAGCCUGAUGUGGGUUUCGAAAUCGUUUCAGCGGGCAACGACUGGCGCGCUCAGAAACGACCAGUUCUGAAAUUUUCCGUGGCGACCGAGGUCCGCAGAGAAAGAGAAGACUUCGAGUGGCGCUCAAGCAAUAACGACAACAUCAGGGGCUUACUGGGUGGGCAGUCACUAGGUUGGAAACUGGUCCGCAUUACAAAAGAUGCCUUCACCGAUCAGAUACGUGGACCGCGUGGUGCAUGGCCGAAGACAAAUAAUGGUGCAGAAAUUGUCGCCGUAUUCUCCAGUGGCAGCGGGCUUCUUGUGGGAGAUGAUUGGAAAUUUGCUUUCGUAGGCACGGGGGCAAAUAGCGUUUUGGGUAGCCGUUGGGAGAUCAUGACGGUGAUCACUGCAUUGCUGAUAUUGGACACAACGAUUAGGACAAACCCGGAGAUUGGAUGAGG